AUGGCUUUAUUAUUACAUGCCCAUAAACACAUAUCGGUUACUGACUCUGAAUGCUCUUGGAGAAAGAAAAGAAAAGUUGAUGAUGAUAUUGUAAAAUCUAUCGAUGGUCUCUACCCAGAUAAUUUCUCCAUAAUUAAAAAUACUAACUGCGAUUUAAAAAAACUAUGUUUUGAAAAGCUUAAACUAAGUAACCAUAUAGUAGGAUUUUCUUGGUUACUGAAACCUGAACCUAUUAACCAUUCAAAUGAUAUUGUAAAUUUACCACCAUUAGAGUCUAUACUAUUUUCAAAAGAAUUUUAA